GUCAAGAUUUUUUCUUGAGAUUCGACUAAAGGAGCCUGAUGAUUUGGACACAUUUAACUGGCCCAUGGAAAGUGACAACAAUGACAGGAGUGCAAACAAAAACAGCCUCUGCUGAACCCAAGGCUCAGUGUUAUCCGUGUGUGUCCUGACAAGCAUUUUGGCUUAAAGAUCCAUCCCAGCUAAAGAAUGGGGCUCAACCUGCUGCGUGGGAAAUUAUCAGAUGAUGAACUGAACCAAGACAAUUCAAUUUUAAAUAAUUCCAGCAAUCUGCAUGAAAGGAACUUGACUGCUAACAAGGAAUUUGUCACGAUCGUCCUGCCAGUUCUUUAUCUUGUCAUAUUUGUAGCAAGCCUUCUGCUCAAUGGGCUCGCAGUAUGGAUUUUCUUCCACAUCAGAAACAAAACGAGCUUCAUUUUCUAUCUCAAAAACAUCGUGGUUGCAGACCUAAUAAUGACCCUGACAUUUCCUUUCCGGAUAGUCCGCGACGCAGGUUUUGGACCCUGGUACUUCAACGUUUUCCUGUGCCGCUAUUCAUCUGUGCUCUUUUACGCAAAUAUGUAUACUUCCAUCAUCUUCCUUGGACUGAUCAGCAUUGAUCGUUACCUGAAGGUGGUGAAGCCAUUUGGCGACUCUAGGAUGUACAGCAUCACUUUUACAAAGGUCUUGUCCAUCUGCGUUUGGGUAGUCAUGGGUUUUCUGUCUUUACCCAAUAUAAUUCUUACAAAUGUCCAACCGACAGCGGAAACUAUCAAUGAAUGUUUAAAACUUAAAAGUCCUCUAGGUGUAAAAUGGCACAAGGCAGUUAUCCACGUCAACAGCUGUUUAUUCGUUGCUGUCCUGGUAAUACUGAUUGGAUGCUACAUUGCAAUCUCCAGAUACAUACAGAAAUCCAGCAAGCAAUUUAUUAGUCAAUCAAGCAGAAAACGCAAGCAUAACCAAAGCAUUAAAGUUGUGGUCGCUGUCUUUUUUACAUGCUUUCUGCCCUAUCAUUUGUGUCGAAUACCAUUUACAUUUAGCCAUUUGGACAGGCUGUUGGAUGACUCAGGUCACAUAAUUCUCUACUACUGCAAAGAAAUGACACUUUUUUUGUCGGCAUGCAAUGUAUGCCUAGACCCCAUCAUUUAUUUUUUCAUGUGUCGGUCCUUUUCACGAAGACUGUUCAAGAAAUCAAAUAUCCGAACAAGAAGCGAAAGCAUUCGAUCACUUCAGAGUGUCAGGAGGUCAGAAGUACGCAUUUAUUAUGAAUAUACUGAUGUGUAG